CGGAGACAGCCAAGACAGGGCUAAAGGAGAGGAGCUGUGCUUAGAGGACUUACCACUGGGAGCCAUAAACAGCUUUCUAACUCUCUGAAUUGGCCUACAACAAGUCCAGAUAUCAGUAUGAAGAUACCAGGGGCAACUGCACCCCCACCAGGGCAGGUGGCUAUUAAAAGAAGAUCCAGAGUCCCUGGAGUUAUGAUAACGCAGUUUGUGGAGGAAAUACCGGAGGGCAUGACCACCCCCGACUUCACCCGCAAGCCCAUCGCUUUGACGAUCCAAGAGGGUAAAUUAGCCUUUUUCAAAAGUAAGGUAAGCGGAGUGCCUACACCAAACAUCACUUGGGCCAGGAACAAAGGCCCGCUGGAGGAUCCAGUGAAGUAUAUCAGUAGAUAUGAUGAGAUUAUGGAUGAAUACUUUCUUGAGAUGCCCAAUGUAACAGCGGAACAAGCUGACACCUACAAAUGUUUUGCUGCCAAUGAAUAUGGAAGAGCAGUUUGCACUGCCACCUUGAAUGUUAUUGAGGUUGGAUUCAAGAAGAAAGCGACAACAGGACCAAAAAGAGCGGCACCAGAGGAUUUCAGAAAAAUGCUUAAGAGGAAUGUUGUACGAACUAAACCACAACUAAAGAAGAAGGAGGGAGAGAUUGAUCCAAAGUUCUGGGAGGUGUUGCUGAGCUCACCUAAGAAGGACUACGAGAAGGUCUGUAUGGAGUAUGGAAUCACUGACUUCCGCUGGAUGCUGAAGCAGCUGAACCUAAAGAAGAAAGAGAGAGAGGAGGAGCAGGCAAAGGUUGUUGAAAAACUUGAAAAUCUGAAACACAUUGAGGUGAAAACAGAUGGCUCAGCACAGUUUGAACUGGACAUGGAACUGAAGAAUCCCAACAGUCAGAUUUUCCUAUUCAAGGACGGGGUCAUGCUUCCCUAUUCUGACGACGGCACCGGGAAGCACAACCUAAACAAAAUAGGCAGGAAGUACAUCUUUAGCAUCAACGACCUGAUGCCAGACGACGCUGGGUUGUACCAGGUGGACGUUGAGGAUGCCAAUUGUUUCUCAACUGACUUUAAGAUUAUACCAGUGGAGUUUGUUGUCAAGAUUCAGGAGGUGAAGGCUAAGGAGAGAGAGGAUGCCGUGUUUGAGUGUGUCUUGUCCCAACCCUUCCCAAAGAUUGUGUGGAUUGGAAAGAACAUCCCUCUCGAACAAGGGGACAAGUUUGACAUCAUUGUGUCAGAAGACCACCUCAUUCACAGCUUAAGGGUGAAAGAUUGUGCCCAAGUCGACAAGGGAGUCUACACUGCCAUGGCUGGCAUUGCCUCCUGCAACGCUUGGCUUAUUGUGGAAGGUGUUCAAUUCCUUAGUGGACUGACUGAUACUAACGGCAGCCUCUGGGAAACAGCAGAACUGUCCUGCAAACUGAGCCAUGAGAACUGUGAGGGAGUCUGGCUUAAAGAUGGGAAACCACUAACUGACGAGGAUGGGGUGAAAAUCAUCAAAGAUGGAGCCUGUCACAAGCUGGUAAUCGACAGCUGUAAAAAAGACGAUGCAGGAGUCUAUUCAUUUGAGGUGGAUGGUCAUAAAUCGGAGGCAAAGCUCACUGUUUCAGAUUCAGGUGCUCAAUUUGUUGGAUGUGGACUCUCUGAUGUUGAAGUUAAUCUCGACGAAACAGCAGAGCUAUCCUUGACACUAAUAAGUGCAAACAUUGAGGGAGUCUGGUAUAAAGACGGCAAACAAGUAACAACUACGGGCCGGAUGAGGAUCAUCAAAGAAGGAGCCUGUCACAAGCUGGUUAUUGAUUGCUGUCGAAAAGAUGAUGGGGCAGUCUAUCGCUUUGAGGUGGAUGGUCAAAAAUCAGAGGCAAAGCUCAUUGUUCAAGGUGCUCAGUUUGUUGGAUGCGGACUCUCUGAUAUCGAAGUUAAAUUUGACGAAACAGCAGAGCUGUCCUUGACACUAAGCAGUCCGAAUGUUGAGGGGGUCUGGUAUAAAGACGGGAAAGAGAUACUUCCUGAUGACAGGGUGAAAAUCAUCAAAGAAGGAGCCUGUCACAAGCUGGUCAUUGAUAACUGUAAAAAAGACGAUGCAGGAGUCUAUUGCUUUGAGGUGGAUGGUCAUAAAUCAGAGGGAUCACUCACUGUGCAGGGUGCUCAAUUCAGUAUUGGACUGUCUGAUGUCGACGUUAAGCUUGACACAAAAGCAGAGCUGCUCUGCGAAGUGAACUGUCCGAACAUUGAGGGGGUCUGGUAUAAAGAAGGAAAACAGAUAACUCCUGAUGACAGUGUGAAAAUCAUCACAGAUGGAGCCUGUCACAAGCUGGUCAUUGAUUGCUGUCGAAAAGAUCACGCAGGAGUCUAUCGCUUUGAGGUGGAUGGUCGUAUAUCAGAGGCUACGCUCACUGUUCAGCCUGUUCAAUUCAUUUUGGGAGUGGCUGAUGUCCAAGUUAAAAUCUGUGAACCAGCAGAGCUGUCCUGCAAACUGAGCAGUCCAAACUGUGAGGGGGUGUGGUAUAAAGACGGAUUUCAGGUACUUCCUGAUGACAAGGUGAAAAUCAUCAAAGAAGGAGCCUGUCACAAGCUGGUCAUUGAUAACUGUAAAAAAGACGAUGCAGGAGUCUAUUGCUUUGAGGUGGAUGGUCGUAUAUCAGAGGGAUCACUCAUUGUGCAGAACCCACCAACAUUCAACGUGGAUUCCCUGAGAGAAUUCUCUAAGCCGGUCAUUGUGAGAGCAGGUGAAACGGCUGAGUGGAAAUUGGCCUUUUCGGGUGGUGACCCAAUGAAGAUCACGUGGAUCAAGGAGGAUGAGGAACUCCUGGAAGGCCUCAAUGUCAAGAUAGAACAGACUGACAUAAAAGCUGGCUUGUGUCUUACCAAUUGUCAAAGGAAGAACUGUGGAGAGGUCAAAAUAAAAAUAAAAAAUGACUAUGGUACAUUGGAAGCCACAUCCAGACUGAUUGUUCUUGACAAACCCAGUCCGCCACAAAGACCUGUGGAAAUUGUGGAAAGUUCUCUAACCGCCAUUGAAUUCAAAUGGAAACCCCCAAAGGAUGAUGGUGGUUGUCCAGUCACACGCUACAUUUUGGAGCGCCAGCAAGUGGGGGGAAGCAAAACAUGGACAAAUGUAGGGGAGCUUCCAAAUGACCCCCUUAAAUACAGGGAUACGAAUGUAAAGCCAGGGAAAAGAUACUGUUACCACAUCAGAGCCAAGAAUGAGGAGGGAGUCAGUGAUAUGUUGGAGACAGAGGACAUCCAGGCUGGCAUAUUGUGUUACCCAGGACCCCCUUCUGCACCCAAAGUAGUCAGUGCCUUCAAGGACUGCAUCAACCUGGCUUGGUCUCCCCCCGUCAACACUGGAGGAACUGAAAUUUGGGGUUACAAUGUUGAGAGACGCAAGAAGGGAAGCAACUUUUGGAGCCCUGUGAACCUAGACGGGCCUAUCAAAGACACAACUUUUGCAGUGAAAGAUGUUAUUGAAGGAGCAGCUUAUGAAUUUCGAGUGUCAGCUAUGAACAUCUCUGGUGUCGGCGAGCCCAGUCCUCCCUCUGUUAUAGUCAUUGCCAGAGAUCCCAAGAAACCCCCUGGUAAGGUCAUAGACCUAAAGCUAACAGACUCCAGUUACGUCACGUUUUCUCUGGCUUGGACUAAGCCAAAAGAGGUGGAAGGGGUGGAGGAUGAGGCCAAAGGCUACUUUGUAGAGAUCAGACCAAAUGAGAGCCCAGAGUGGGCUCGCUGUAACAUCAACCCGAUCAUUCCCACCUCCUUCAAUGUGAUUGGCCUGAAGGCAAUGGGAAUGUACUGGGUGAGAGUGAUCGCUACAAAUGAUGGAGGCGAGGGCGAGCCCCAAGGCUUUGAUAAUUACAUCAUUGCCAUGCCUCCUCCUGUGAGGCCACGAUUUACAGGAAAAACAAAGAGCUUCAUGGUUGUGAGAAAGGGGAAUACUAUACGUUUCAACAUCAACUUUGAGGCCUCUCCUUUGCCAGAUAUCUAUUGGUUGAAGGACAGCGUCCCUGUGUCCAAACGUGUCACCAUCACCAACUCUGACAGAGGUUCACAGCUUCUGAUCCCCACGUCAGAGCGCUCUGAUACGGGCAUCUUUACCAUCAUUGUCAAGAACAUGGUCGGUCAGGAGACCUUUAGUGUCGAGAUCAGAGUCACAGAUGAUCCCAAGCCUCCCGGCCCAGUGGAGUUGGAACAGAAUGUUCCUGGAACAGUGACUGUGACCUGGACUCCCUCCCCAGAUGAGAAGAAGGAUGACAGGCUGCACUACAUUGUGUCCAAACGUGACUCUGUCAAGCGCACCUGGAGGAUGGUCGCUGACCGCCUCUUCAACCAUAAGUUCACAGUUAUCAACAUUCUACCCGGCAGAGAGUAUAACUUCAGGGUGUUUGCUAAGAAUGACAUGGGCCUCUCAGAGCCUGCUGUGUCCCCUACAUGGGGAACCACAAGGAGAAAAGAUAAGUUCAUACUGGACAUGCCAGACAUAAAGGGCUUGGACCUCCAGUGUCCACCAUCGUUUUUACUCCCAUUGAAAAUCCGCACCGCUCCACCAGGCUACGAGUGUUACAUGAGCUGUGCUGUAAGAGGGGAUCCAAAACCUCAUAUCACAUGGUACCACAACAAUGUCAGCCUCAACACCAACACCAACUACCUUAUCACCAACGUGUGUGGGGUCUGCACAAUGCUCAUAUUGAAGAUCGGACCCAAAGACAGUGGCGAGUACAGUGUCAUCGCAGACAGUCCCUUGGGCAGGGCAGCGUGUUCCACCAAGCUUACAGUCAGAGAGUGAAGAGUUCAGCCAGAUGAUUGAUUGGCAGCUGCUGGCAACAGAAACUUAUGUAUUGACUUAUCAUAUAUUCUUCAAAUAGGCUAGGUGUUGCAUGUGUGGAGGCCCAUAUGGCCCUUUUCUUUAGUCAAAAUGUUACACACUAUUGGUUUUCUAUGUGCUUACAUGCAAUGUGUCCUUCUAUUUAUUCCAGUUGUUAAAAUAUUGCAAAGCAUUAAAUGCACAUGACAAGACAAACACAUAUCACUAACUUUUGUGAAAGCACCUAUAUAAAUAAGUAAAGUGAAGAGACAAAUCUACAUAGGCGACAUAUCUUGCAUUUGGAAAUGAGUUUAGCCUAUUCAUUGCAUGAAUAUGGGGAUUCCAUAUAAUAUUGGUAAAUAAGAGUGAUAUGUGUAAUUGUGUCUUUCAUUUCACUAAACAGAUGUAUCAAUGUGUUCAUAUUUGAAUCAAAUGAUAUUUAAGUAAGUUACAUUUGUCAUUUAGCAGAUCCUCUUACCCAGAGUGACUUACAGGAUAAAUUA